AGUUACCGUAGUGGUGAUCACUUCCAUUAAUAAGUUAGUUAAACCCUCAAAAGAUAAGCCGCGUGUCCCACGUAACUUAUUAAUGGAGUGAUCACCGCGGAUUCUAAUUGGUGUUGACUGUAGGGGUCGUCCCUUGCACAAGUAUCAGAGAGGCAAAUAGCAAUAAUUGCUUCGAUCAAUACAAAACCCUUGCGUCCCUGUUUUCUGCAAAAGUUCCUGGAGGGAGAGAGAGAGGGAAGCAGAAAUUAGACUAUUCACACCAUUUCUCAUUGAUGGCAUAUAUUUCAUUACCGAUCAUCUCCAUCUUAAUGAUCGUUAUCUUCUCUUACGUCCCGAUUUCAUCAUCCACUCCUUUCAUCGUACUCCACGGAAUCGGGGACCAGUGCUCCAAUCGAGGAGUUAAACGGUUUACACAGCAACUAAGUGACUUGUCCAAAUCCGAAGGAUUUUGCAUAGAGGUUGGGGAUGGAUCAUGGGAUUCGUGGUUUAUGCCCCUCCAGGAACAGGCUCAAGUUGUUUGCGAUAAGGUGAAGCAAAUGAAAGAACUUAUAAAUGGUUACAACAUAGUUGGUCUCUCCCAGGGUAACGUAAUUGGCCGAGGUGUUGUGGAGUUUUGUGAUGGUGGACCUCCUGUCAAAAACUUCAUCUCAUUAGGAGGACCUCAUGCUGGCACUGCUUCUGUUCCACUAUGUGGUAAAGGUGUGUUCUGCAUUAUAGCGGACAAGCUAAUCAAAUCAGAGGUGUAUUCCGACUAUGUCCAAGCUCACUUGGCUCCCAGUGGUUAUUUAAAAUUACCGAAUAAUAUUCCUGCCUACUUGCAGAAGUGUAGGUUUCUCCCAAAACUUAACAAUGAACUCCCUGACGAGAGAAACUCAACUUAUAAGCAACGGUUCAGUAGCUUAGAGAAUUUGGUCCUCAUCAUGUUUGAACAUGACACUGUAUUGAUACCAAAGGAAACAUCUUGGUUUGGAUAUUAUCCAGACGGGGCAUUCAAUCCAGUUUUGCCUGCACAACAGAGUAAGCUUUACACACAGGAUUGGAUUGGUUUGAAAACCUUGGAUGAUGCUGGUAAGGUGAAGUUCAUCAAUGUGUCAGGAAACCAUCUCGGAAUUACCCAAAGCGACAUGAUAAAACAUGUUGUUCCAUACUUGGAGAAUAAAGCAUCGACACAGGGUGGCAUUACAGAAGGAUCGUCAUCUUAUAGCUGGCCAUCAUCAGUUAAGAGCAGCUUUGGAGGAUUAGUUGGAUUUGCAGAAGAUGGCUCAUCACCAAACACUUGA